CGCGCGACGUAUCUCCAGCCUUCGCAGGGACUCAGAUCGGUCCUGGCGCAACGGAGGUCCCACGGGCGCUGCUCUCCCUCACAUUCACUCACUGUCCUCAGGAAAAUCUAGUUACUGGGCGAAUGUUGCAGGAAUUUUCAUCCUACGAAGAUGGAGGUUUCCAAAAACUAUAUUUUUCUCCUCCAAGACUAUGUCAACAAGGCUUGUGAAGGCAAGCCUGCCUGGGAAAUCAUUCUGAAGACAGCAGGAACUACUGUUCUUUUAGUAUGGGCAAAAGACUUCAUAUUCCAAGAUGAAAGUAUCGUGGAGAGAGGGAAGAAAACAGUGUUCAGAUUAGUCAGGCGAAUUCCUUCAGUAAAAGCAAAGAUUGAAGGGGAAAUUGCAAAGAUGUCGUCAUCAAUGAUGGAUGACUUCAACAAAAAUAUUGAGAACAGUAAUUACAUAACAAAGCUACCAGAGAAGGGAUGGAAUCAGGACGAAAUUCUUCAAGAGGCUACAAAAUAUACUGGAUAUGGUACUUUUAGCUGGGAGGAUGGCUUUGCUUCUGGAACAGUGUACAAUGGCAACCGAACACUAACAGAACUUAUGACAAAGGUUUAUGGUAUGUCAGCCUGGUCUAAUCCUCUUCACCCUGAUGUCUUCCCGGGUGUGAGAAAAAUGGAGGCAGAGGUAGUGAGAAUGUGCUGCACAAUGUUCCAUGGAGAUGCUUCUAGUUGUGGAGUUAUGACAACUGGAGGUACUGAAAGCAUUAUUAUGGCAUGCAAAGCUUAUCGUGACUAUGCUAUCAACGUAAAAGGCAUCAAGAAACCUGAGAUGCUGGUUCCAGUGUCUGCUCAUGCUGCCUUUGAUAAAGGUGCACAGUUGUUAGGGAUGCAAAUCAGGCAUGUUCCUCUUGACCCUGAAACCAUGAAAGUUGAUAUUGUAGCCAUGAGAAAGAUGAUCAACCGCAACACAUGCAUGCUUGCAGGCUCAGCCCCACAAUUCCCACAUGGUGUCAUGGAUCCCAUUAUUGAAAUAGCAGGUUUAGGCCUCCAGUAUGAUAUUCCUGUCCAUGUCGAUGCUUGUCUUGGAGGAUUUCUCAUUGCAUUCAUGGAUGAUGCAGGAUUUCCUCUUGCACCAUUUGACUUCCGUGUUCAAGGAGUUACUAGCAUAUCUGCUGAUACCCAUAAGUAUGGUUAUGCACCAAAAGGCUCUUCAGUUAUAUUGUAUAAUGAACCCAAGUGGCGACACCAUCAGUUCUUCGUUACCCCUGACUGGCCAGGCGGUAUUUAUGCCACCCCGACAAUUGGUGGCUCAAGAUCUGGUGGCAUAGUGUCAGCUUGUUGGGCUGCUUUGGUGUACCAUGGCAAGCAAGGUUAUGUUGACUAUACAAGGAGCAUCAUCCAGACUACAAGAAAGAUAGAAGAAGGGUGUCGCAAGAUCAAAGGAGUCUUUGUGUAUGGCAAUCCAGAAGUAUCAGUUGUUGCCUUGGGGUCCAAUGACUAUAACAUCUAUCAACUCUCUGAUAGAAUGGGCAAGAGAGGCUGGAAUUUGAAUGCCCUGCAGUAUCCUGCUAGCAUUCACAUUGCACUGACUGUCCUGCAUACCCAUCCGGGUGUUGCUGAGCGUUUCAUAAAGGACAUAGAUGAAUUAUCUAGAGAGAUAAUGGAAAACCCACCAAAAGAUUCUGGGGGAAGUGCAGCACUGUAUGGAAUGGCUCAAAGCAUCCCCGAUCGAUCUCUUGUGGGGGAGAUGGCAUGGUGCUACCUGGAUGCUGUAUAUUCCACCAAAAUAUCAGAGAAGCCCACUAUUGAGUAGGAAGAUCACCAAGAGAGGAAGAAGCAAAUGGAAGAAAAUGGAAAUUGGCACGUUACAUGGCAGUUUAUUUUCAGGAUACAAUUUGCAGCUUAUUUGCAAACUGUCAUUAACAAUUAUAUAAUUCUACUUGUAUAUGAAAUCACUGUAAAGGUUUAACAUGAAACAGUAAAGGAUGUCAGUUAAAUUGAGUAUAUUGUAAUUUUGGCAAGUGUGGAUAUCAUAAUCAGUUAUUCAGGUAUUUAGUGUAGCAAGAAUAUGGUAUUAACAUGUAAUGUUUUUUUACGCUGUUGUAAUGUGCAGUAUUUUAUGAGUACAGAGUGAGUUAUGUUUCAGCUCAAAUGUAGAUUAGUAGAAAGAUCAGCAAUGCAUCAGUGAAAGAGAACUGAUGCAUUUACUUUAUAUAAAAAAUAGUAUUGAUCAAGUCAGAUGAAACUACCAAAGUCUAAUUGUAAGCUUGUUUGAUAUCUAAAGAUCACAGAUAAACCAGUUAAUAGAAAAUAUUUAGAAUAAAGAUUAUUAAAAGGCCUUUAUGUGUAUUGUACCCUUAAGUUAAAACAUGACUUGAUUCAGAGUGCACAGAGUAUCAAAUUAAAUUCGAAGCAUUAAGAUAUUUUUAGAAGAUGAAAAGUAAUGUCUCAGGACGUAGUUUUAACAACCACAAGCCCAAAGUUUUUGGGCACUUUGUUAUUAUAAGUUACUUGUGAUACUGAAUAGGUGCUCCAGAAGUAAUCUCUUUUUUUCAUCCUGUAAUUAGUUACUAUUAUGUGUGAAGGCAUUUUGUAUCUUCCAUCGGCACAUUGAGAAUUUUGAAGGACAUUCUCAAUAUGUCUGCUUGGUGUAAAAUGUUGACAUCAACUUGCAUAAAAUACUUUCUAAGACAUGUGGUCUGGAGGCAAAAUUUGUUGCUUUUUUUAUUUUCAGGUAAUGUGUAUUUGCUAUAAGAGACCAAACAUAAUACAGUGUUAGUAGCACAAAAGUUGUAUAAAUUUAGAACUGAUGAACAGAAUUGAGAUAAAUUUUAUGAUAAAAUUCAAUUAUCUGUAUCCAUUUAAAACCACCAGUUAGUCAAAAUAGUGAUAUGGAUCAGUGUCAGAACAUAGAUUCAUAACUGAGUUAUAGUGCCAUAUGUAAGUGGUCAUGUUAAUACCUCUCAAAGUCUGGGCAUUAAAAAUUAAAGAGUGAAGAGAUAAGAUUGAAGAUCUUGUAAUAGCGAAGAAAAUAAUAAUGUAAACUGAAUAUAUAUUAAUCUGUAGCAGCAACUAGAAUAUGAAGAUACAUAUGGAAAUACAGUUGUCAAACUGAAGCAACAAUUAGGCUAUCUAAAUGCAGUGAGAAUUAUACUGUAUUGUAUAUUAUAUUUCUGGAACUUUACACUCCUAUUAAGUUCAGAUAAAGGGGGUUUCAUUGUACAUUUUAUUUUUAUAUGCAUGCACCUCUCUUUUUCUGUUUAUAUCUCCGUCUGUUUCUGCCUCAGUCUCUGACUUUUGUCAGAGUGUCUCUCACUGUUUGUCUGUUUUUCUUGCUCUUUUCUCUCUUUCUCACUCUUUUUUUCAUUCUCCUUUCUCUCCCUCCCUCCCUUCCUCUCUCUCUCUCCCUCCCUCUCUCUUUCCCUCUCUCUCCCUCUCUCUUUCCCUCUCUCUUUCCCUCUCUCUCCCUCUCUCUUUCCCUCUCUCUCUCCCUCUCUCUCUCUCUCUCUCUCUCUCUCUCUCUCUCUCUCUCUCUCUCUCUCUCUCUCUCUCUCUCUCUCUCUCUCUCUCUCUCUCUCUCUCUCUCUCUCUCUCUCUCUCCCUUCUCUCUCUUUCUCUCCCCUCUCUCUCUUUCUCUCCCCUCUCUCUCUUUCUCUCCCCGCUCUCUCUUUCUCUCCCCGCUCUCUCUUUCUCUCCCCGCUCUCUCUUUCUCUCCCCGCUCUCUCUUUCUCUCCCCACUCUCUCUUUCUCUCCCCUCUCUCUCUUUCUCUCCCCUCUCUCUCUUUCUCUCCCCUCUCUCUCUUUCUCUCCCCGCUCUCUCUUUCUCUCCCCGCUCUCACUUUCUCUCUCCGCUCUCUCUUUCUCUCCCCUCUCUCUCUUUCUCUCCCCUCUCUCUCUUUCUCUCCCCUCUCUCUCUUUCUCUCCCCUCUCUCUUUCUCUCCCCUCUCUCUCUUUCUCUCCCCCUCUAUUACUCCCUCCACUUUUUCACACAUGUAUUCAUACACAUGUUGCAUGCAUAUAUGCCUAUUUGCGUGUGCGUUUGUAUAUCUGUGGGUUGCUCAGAUAAGUAAUUAAUAACAUAUAAGGGUAUUGCCAUAUAUCUCUUGGACAAAGUUGUUUGAUAUUUGAAAUCAUGAUUUAAUGUUUGUGAGAAAAAAAUGUUUUGUCAUAUAGAAUUUUGUUUGUUUGUACUAUUAGACAUUUUUUUUUACCAUAGUAGAGGAAGGAUAAAAGGUAUUGGGAGGAAAACAGGUCAUCAGUUGAUGAUUUAUAACAAGGUAGGCAUAAAAGAAAAUGAGACUACAUUGUGAUUCCAGCCAUUAUCUAGGAUUUUGUGACAUUUAGCUUUAUUUACAUUUUAUAUUUCAUUCUCCGUGUCGAUCUUGAUCAGAGUAUUUCGGAUUUUCUUGCAUUAUUGAUAUUUAAAUAUAGAUAACUUCAUAUUUCGAUCAUAUUGCAAUAAUUGCAUCAGGUUUGCUGCUUUAGACGGCAAAUAUUCGUAUAGUGGGACAGGAAUAAUGCCGCUUGUCUUUUUGUAGAUAAAUUCCACAGACGUGAAAUACUACUAUACUAAGAGAGUCUAAUACCCUCUUAGCAUUGUGCCGUUCCUUUUUCUUUAAUUUCAUCCAUUAAGAAAUGCUAGACAAAACCAUUUUUUCUAAAAAAAAUAUCAGAGAAAAUAUAUAAAAUCCAUUUGCUUUGUCUAUACACUAUUACAAAUAUAUUUUAUAUUUAUGUAUUUAUAUAUGUGAAUGAAUAUACAUAUACUUGCUACUAUAUACUCCAAAUACAGUUAGAUACUGUAUUGCCCAAACAAAAGAUUCUUUGAACGUAUAUGUAUAUUCUUGUGAAUUGUAAACAGGUGCCUUCCAAAGUAGGAAUAUACUGUAAUGUUAUAAGAUUUUUUUUUUUUUUUUUACCUUGUACUUCCUUGUUAAUUAAAAGACUAUAUAUUCCGAAAUAUUAAUUUAGGGAAGAACUGAGUUUAUUUUAAGUGCUGUCAUUGUAACUUAGCUCAUUUAUAGACGGCUCAACGUUAAGUACUAUAGAGGACAUUAAUAUUAGCACUGCAUGUAUUGAGUGUUUCUAUCUGGCCCUGUUAAAAAUCUUGUCUUGCCUGUUGUAUUUUCUCUACAAAGUCCUCCUGUGUGUAUUUAUAAUAUUCAGUUAUAUUUUGUACUAAGCGAUUUUUGUAAUUUGCAAUCCGCACAAAGUAAAAUGUGACGAUAUUAUUAUACUGCCUAAGCUCAUUUGAAAAUUGAGUUAACAUACUUUUAAUUAUAUUGAUGCACAUAUUUAAAUAAAAAAUCCAUAUAUAA